GAUAUUAUCUUCGGUACUUUCUAUAUUGCCUGGAGAUGUCAUGCCAGCUUGAGGAACUCGAUAACAAGCUACAACGCCGUCUUCACCUCCCGAAACAAGAUGACGUCCAGUGGGCAGAAAGGUAACCGUCGUUACCGCUCCAGCAUGAGGACUUGGCAGCCGCUGAAGAGCAGUCGGUUGUUCAAUAUGCCAAAGUAAAAUCUGUCCAUCAAGACUGCUACUGGCAAAUCGAGUUCCAUCUGCUCGAUCAUCUACUGUUAGUGAUAGCACUGAACUACGAUGUCCGCAGUAAACUCUUUCGACCUUCGGCCGCUCGCCUCCAAGUGAAUGAAGUUUUAUGGUCUUGUCGUCAGACCCACUCAAAAUUUCAUCGUCUCCAGGCAGAAAAGCCAACGCACGGAUUCGUUUCGAAUGCGCUUCAAUAGUUGUCUCUGCUUUUAAGGUAGCAGCGUCCAAUAUAUGUAGUACACCUUCGAAUGUAGAAACCGCUAGGCGGCGAUUGCUGCUGCCGUAUGCAAGGGUACCGACAGUUUUGGCUGAGGGAAAAGGUUCCUGACGAGAAACCUUUCCGCUGAGAUCAAUUUCUUUCAAGAAUCCAGAAAAUCCGGUGGUGAUGUAAUUUGUUUUGCUCUUUGCAAUCCGUACAUGCCACGCUUCCAUAACGCCAAAGUCGUGCGGCAUCACAACGGGGCCUUCGUCGCCGAGGAUGACUUCGUAGAACAUGGAGUCAAUAGUCACCAGACAGAUACAUUUGCCAUCGCUGGUAACAUCAGCAGACUGUAUAGCUGUGCGCCACUCCCGUAUUUCAACUUUACUGGUGAGUGUAACAGCUCCAUUAGCUGUUUCAUCCAUUCGCCAAAGUUUCACAGAGUCGUGUCCAACAGUAACCAGCCCAACUACACCAUUUCCAGCUCGGAAUGA